CGGGACCGUCUGGGCAGAUGACUUGGAUACGAGAUGGCCCCAAGUGUUUGAAUGCUAAGAAUAUCACCGAGGCCAUUGACGGCAGCUAUGUUCCCAUGUUUGGAGAAAUUGAGUAUGAUCCAACCCGACAGUUCUGUUCGAUUGCUACAGACGAACAACUUGAUGCUCUUGGAAGAGCUGUUGAUUCUGGUCAGAUUAAAUAUGUUGGUCUCGGUAACGAAACACCAUAUGGGGUGAUGAAGUUUGUUCAGGUAGCUGAAAGGGGCACUCGCCAUCCAAAGAUUGUCUCUGGAACUCACGCAGCUUGCUCUAUUGAACUUUUGAUUCUGGGUUGGCUGAAUGCUGUCAUCAUGAGAGGAUCAGUUUAUUAGCCUACAGCCCCCUUGCAAUGGGUAUACUCUCUGGGAAGUAUUUUUUGCCUGAUGGGGGGUCCUGCAGAUGCUCGGUUGAAUCUUUUUAGAGGGAAAUAUUCGGAGGGGUAAUCCAGAUACAACCUGUCCGAUCGGCGAUCACAUCAUAAGAGUAGCAGCCAUGGAAUACAUUGAUAUUGCAGGGAAUUAGAGUGUUCAUCCAGUAUCUCUUGCAAUAGGUUCGACAUCUCUCCCUCCAAUUUUUUAUAGUUUCUUCGUGUUCUUGUCCCCGUUAGGACUCUGGUUUGGAGACUUAAUGUUGGAAAAUGAAAAGUCACCCGUUUCCUCUU